GCGCCCUGCCCCGUUGACGACCCCUUUUGGCUUUCACGAGUCGAUACAAUGGCGAUGAGCGGCAUCAGCGCAUCGAUGAGACGGGCGACGACGAGCAAUGCGAUCGCUUCGACGUCUCAGCUACCCUGGACGGCGACUGCGAGGGCAGAGAUGGUCCUUCAUCAUCGCUUUACGUCAGCAACAAGUCUGCCGUACCUGCGCUCGCACACAGACAGCAGCCAGGCUAGACGGACCUUCAAGGGCAAGAUGAGAGCCUUGAGCAUCGAUCAGACAGCCUCGCUCUCUUCGAUGGCCCCCUCGAAUGUCGCCCCGGUGGCAGAGAUCAAGCCGAGCUCAGAUCCACCGAAUCCGAGUCAGCCGGCCAAGCGAGAGCCAAGACAAUUCAAAGCCCGCCAGGCUGCACUCACACUGACGCAGAAUGCGGUGGUCAGGCUGCAGGAUCUACUGUCGGAUCCCUCGGCGCCCAAGUACCUGCGGAUCAGCGUGAGGAACAAGGGCUGUGCAGGUAUGGCAUACCAUCUCGAGUACGUCGACGAGGCAGGCAAGUUCGACGAGGUCGUUCAGCAAGACGGCGUCAAAGUCGUCAUAGACAGCAAAGCCUUGUUCAGCAUCAUCGGGAGCGAGAUGGAUUGGGCAGAGGACAGGCUCAGCGCCAAAUUCGUCUUCAACAAUCCAAACAUAAAGGAUUCUUGCGGAUGUGGCGAAAGCUUCCUCGUCUAGGCCCCGUGCGCCCGGUUGUACAAACACAACAUGAUCCAUUGCAUCACACAACAUUGAAUACAC